CAGUUGCAUUACAGACAAAAGUUGUCUCUUAGGUCUUUUUUCAGAAGAGAAAGAGAGAAGUAAGAAAAAUUAAGGAUGUCUGGGGGAAGAGGCAGUGCAUUAGUUGUCGGCGUGGUGGUGAUGGUGGCUCUGGCGGUGGCCUUCCACUGUGAAGUGGCGGAAGCAGCCACCUACACGGUGGGAGGUGCCGGCGGAUGGACCUUCAACGUGGCGACUUGGCCUACGGGGAAGCGGUUUAAAGCCGGUGACACUCUUGUGUUCAACUAUAGCCCGACGGCCCACAACGUGGUGGCGGUGAACAAGGGCGGGUACCAGGGGUGUGCCAGCCCCAGAGGCGCUAAAUUGUACACGACCGGAAAGGACCAGAUAAAGCUCGCGAAGGGCCAAAAUUUCUUCAUCUGCAACUUUCCUGGGCACUGUCAGGCUGGAAUGAAGAUUGCAGUCACUGCUGUGUGAUGGUUUGAUGCCAUCUCAAUCAUAAUAAUCUACUACGUCACUAAAUAAAACACUACUUCAUUACUUUGAAUGUUUUAUUGGUUUGGUGUUCAUUUCAUGUUUAUUGUCAUCCCUUUUUCGUUUUUCUUU